CGUCUACUCUUCCCACAGUUUUCAUGUAUACCAUAUAGAGGAAUGUAGACGUGGAGCAAGCAAAGCCCAGGGGUCAAAUUGACUCCGACUUUCUGGCUCCUGUUACACGUGAGAGCCCUGGGUUCUCCACUUGAGUUUAUAGAAGGAAAAGCGAUUUCAACGAGUUUUUCCAGAGUGCUUGUUUACCGCUUCCAACGUGAAUUCUACCGGUAUAUGUGAAUGCCCGUAUAUUUCGUUGCCCGUACACACAUAAAACACAUGUAUAUAUAUAUAUAUAUAUAUCUUGAUAGAGGGUAGAUGUACAUACACGCACAUAUACAAAUAGACACCAACUGUAUAGCGGUUACCCUUUAUACAUGUAUACGUAGAUACGUAGGUGAACGAUAUCACGCACGACACAUACUAAAAAGUUGUCCAUCUAGGAAACACGAGAUCGAUCCUCAAGGACAUGAAGUCGAAUUGAAAGAUCUCACGUGUAUAGCUGAAACUAUUUCUCGAAGGUGUAAACGUGAAUAUCGGGUGUACGCAAGAAGCUCCGGUGGUUCUCGUCUCUCGGCUUGUUAUUCCUGGUUUAUGGGUUCUCACGUCGUGCGGCUGCAAUGGUGGUCGUGGCGGUACUGCUUUCCUACAGGAUUCCGUUACUAUUUAUUUCAUGGCACACGCCCUACGCGAGGUCGCUACAAGAAUGAAACGACUAUGGCUACUGCUAUCGUAAGCGAAAUCCCACAAACCUCGUAA